AUGUCGGAUCGUCAAGACCAACUUCAAUAUAAGGACAUGGUAGUCCAUUGCAAGCGUCAGCCUUAUGAUGUCUAUGUUGGACGGCCCUCUCGUGGAGCUCCACCUGGCGACUUGUGUCAGUGGGGAAAUCCAUUCAAUAUGAAGAAUCAAACGCAGGAGGAACGAAAUCGUGUCGUUCACGAGUAUCGCUGUUGGUUAGUCUCACAGCCGGAUCUCGUCGCAAAAGCACAAUCAGAACUCAAGGGCAAAGUUCUGGCAUGCUGGUGUAGUCCCAAGUUGUGUCAUGGUCACGUUUUGGCAGAGAUUGCAAAUUCACCGCAAUAUGCUGGGAAGCAGGGAAAAAAGGUAUUACCUAAGGAGGCUAACACAUGGACACUUGAGGAGGAAGAUUUUCCGACCCUUGGAGCAACCGCAACAAAAAAGGUGCAAGCGGUUGCCAAGAAGACCAAGCCCGUUCCAGCACAAAGCAAUAAGAAAGUAUCGACAAAUGCAAAAAAUGGAUACAAGCAACGCAGACGAAGAAAAACGGCAAACAAAACCACCACAAAUGAAGUAGCCGCGUAA